AUGUCUUCCCCCAAAACGCUUAUCAAGCGCGACAACGAGACGAGUUUAAUGCCGCCGCCUCCCCCAAAACGGAUCAAACGUCCCUCCACCGUUCUUGAUGAAGAUAUCUACACCGAUGCGCUAUCGCAUAUUAUUGCGCGAGACUAUUUCCCGGGGCUAUUAGAAUCACAAGUGAAACAGGAAUACCUCGAAGCGCUAGACUCCAAAGAUAAGGAAUGGAUUACAAGUUCGAGGAAGAAGCUUACGGAUCUGAUGAAUACCCCGAAGCGGUCUCGGCCUCAGCUUGAUUCAGGGUCUAUAACUCCGAGAUUCAAAAGUGCAGGAGCUCCUGGGGAUACACCGACAGGCUGGGGUGGCGAUACGCCCAUGUCGGUCGUUUCGGCGGCGACUACAACAGACACGGAGACAACGCAAAAAACUACCCGUCCAGAUGUCUCCAGAAUGGGUCUGCUUGAUUUUCAAUCCAAGUAUACCAGCGAGGAUAACGAGUCUUUUAACAAACUCUUGGAUAAACAGAAUAUCAAACAUAGAGAGAAAUAUGCUUGGCUUUGGAGCGGGAACAAAAUUCCGACUGCACGGCAGAUUGCCCACCGACAACGCGAAACGAAACGUAUAGAAGCGCAGGGUGGCAACCCAGAUGAGCAGAAACAAGUUGCCAUCAAGACGGAUUUUGAUGCUCGGCCUGCCAAGCCCGAUGGGUGGAAGAUGGAGGCGGAAAACUCGCUGAUGUUCUUACCUUCGUCCGUCGAAGACUCGUUCGUGACUAUCCAACAGAAGGCCGAGGCUACUUCGCGCGCCGGCCCUAAGCGGGUCGUAUAUCAGAAUACUAGACUUCCAGAAGAGGGCUCCUCGGAAGCCAACAACCACCCGCCGCCCUCGCCAUCGAUAUCGGCGAUUCAAGAUGCGAUUGCGGGCAGGCCACGUCAGACAGAGACAGAAGCAGGAUACACUGGCGGCGAAACACCGCGGGUAAACGGGUAUGCAUUUGUUGAUGAAGAUGAGCCCGAACCCGAACCUGCCCCAUCCCGGAACGCCACUGAGUCCGAACUCAAUGACCUCCGUAUCCUAGGUAAAAGCGACGCAACCCCGAAUCCAUUCGAGAUCAAGCAGAACCGUCACCGGGAGGAUCUUCACCACCGCAUGGUUAACCGUGUCGCCCGCACAAAACGGGCCGAAAAGGCCGCGCAGACCACCAAAACCCCCAUCACAGCUACACCUCGGUUUGCGGGCAGUCCAAGGCUGGACUUUGGACUCCGCACUCCUGGUUCAGCCACGCCUGGCUCUAGUAGCACAAAUAAAAUGCUGACGCCGGCGGCGCAGAAGCUCCUGUCCAGAAUGGGAAGUACGCCCAAGCGGGAGACGUCAUCUUCCUCAUCUACGCUAAGGGAUAUGUGGACACCGGCGUCGAGGAAGCAGAAAUGA